UUAAUCAUUAUGCCACAAAAUAAUAAUAAUAAUAAUAAUAAUAAUAAUAAUAAUAAUAAUAAUCAUUACAAUACUAAAAAGAGAAUAAGGGUUCUUCUCAUGCUUCCACGUCACCUUUUUUAUUCCACGUCUGAUGGGUUGAUGGGCUAGCUUAUUUUUUUUUUCGUUAUGCUUGGCCCGUAAGCCCGUAGCUUUAGAGAAACGAGAGAGACGCAUCGAUCCAUCUGUAACCCUAUCUUCUUCUCUCUCGCGCAAGACUGCGAUCUCCCUCCGAGCCCUUUCAUCUUCUUUCGUAUCCUUCUCAAUCAAUGAUGAUUGAAUUUAUGUUGCUCGGUUUUAUUGGUUUGGUUAUAAAAGAAAUUUGGUUAUCUAACCAAUCUCUGCGUCUUUUGUCUUUUAAUUAGUUAGGGUUUUGUUGGUUUUCGUUCUUUGCCUCUUCUUCUACCUCGUUGUCUCUCUCAACUUUGUCUGCAAACACAAUUUUUUUCUUUCAACUCCUCACCUUCAUUAACGCUCAAUGAGGUUCAACACAUCCUUCUAAAUUCCCUUGAUUAUUGUGAUUGUCAUUCGACACGGAGGAACCGACCUCCUCCGCCUUCGCUUCAUCUCCAUGUUCAAGGUAAGGACAACCACAUCACUGUGCUCUACUUCGACACGGAUGCACCGAUCCCCUCCGGCUCAUGAUGAAUCCCAUGCUCAACCAUCUUUUCUAUGGAUUUCUUCAAAUCCAAGUACAUAUCUUCUGGUUCUUUGGUAUAUAUUUUAAUUUUCGUCUACGUCGAACGACGAGUCUUUGUGAUGAUUUAAUUGAUUUUCCAUGAAAUCAUUUGUGGUUAAAGAGGAGGAUGAGACGCUGCAUGGAGGUGGCUAAGGGUCGUUGGCAUUUUUACCUUUGUUAACGGUGGUGGAAGCUCCAGAAGAUGAUGUUAUAGGGGUUUGUUGAUAUGAUGAGAAGUAGCUCUUUAUCUAGAGCCUUCAAUCUGUUUUUUUUUUCCAAUCAGUAGGAAGAAAGGAGGCUGCAAAGCUUUAGAAAAGUACUUUCAAAUAAUUGUAAUGACGGAGGCAAUGUACAGGAGUCUAACUUUAUUUGCAUAGAGUAAAUUUUAUUAAAAUUGAUCUGAUUGGAGAAUGGAUUUGGUCGUGAUGGUGAGAAUGUUUGGAUUUGAAUUUGAAUUUGCAUUCAGCUUCCUGAGUGUAUAAUUGAACAUUAGGAGUUUUUUUCGUAUUGGUUUUAUUGAUAGUAUGAUCUUGCUGAUGAUUAUGGUUUGUUGUUCUCUCCACAGACAGCUGUUAGUGCUUUAUAUUCUCAGCUCAAAGAGCUCCAGAAGAAGGAUGCAGACAUGAAGGAGCGUGACAAAAUGUUGUACUCAAAGGUACUUCCUUUUCUUUGCAGGAAAACAAAUCAUGUAUCUUUUAGAUCUCCUUUUUGGUUUUAUAGCUAUCCCCUUCCAAAUAUAUGAAGCAGUUUAUAUCACAAAUGCAGGGGGACACUGAUUCUACGAGUUGGUCGCUAGAGACACUGAUCUUCCGUUGGCAGCAACACUGCUGAAAGCAUAUGCAAAGGUUGAGCCUCUGACAAUAGCUGAGCUCAAUUAUUUAUUAUCACUGCUCCAUCCCAGGACAUUGACUUCAUAUGUACCGGGAGAGUUGCUCGCGUUGACAUGGACAAAGGGUGGUGUUAUGAUGCAUGCUCCAAAUGCAGUAAAACUGCAGCACACUGUCUCCGCUAUUGCGUUUGUGCGAUGCGACAAUGCUCAUGCUGUCGGGACUUUCCGCUAUCGCGUGGAGAAGACCAUUGCUGAUGGUACUGCUGAAGGUGCAUUCUUUUGUUUUGAUGGUGUAGUGACGAAAUUACAUAGCCUCAUAGCAAGUGAAGCUGGUCAAAUGCUGGCUGAAGGAGUAAACCCUGAGGACUUUAAGAUGCCUCCAUUUACUACCCAUAUAGAAGCAAAGACAUACACUUUCCAAUUCAGUGUUAGUACAUAUAACUUCAAAGCAAUCAGACAUUCACCAUCGCGCUCAUUCUCGAUGAACGUGACCGUGUCCCAGUCCCUGACGUUGUCGACAACAUAGGUAGCGAUGAUGAUGGGGACGACAUGCCAGAUGGCAAUCCAAUUCCUGUUAAGGUGGAAACUGGAGGGAGCAGUGGUGAGGCAGCGUUCAAUGCUGAUACAGAUCCAGUUGGUGUGUGCAGAAGAAGACGGCCAACUCAUCUUCCAAGGUGGUUAAGAAGACGUGUGUGGCUUGAGAUAGACUAGAAAGAACUAUAAACACACUACUCAAAAUUUAAAUAAUGCUUAUGCAUCUUCAUUUCCUUUCGCGUAUUGGUUAUCUAUGUUUUUGUCUUUCUCCAAUUUUUGGGUACUAUAUUUGUCAUACAAUCUUCCUAAUAUGAGUUAUCUACCUAUUGGUUAUAUA